UAUCCAUUCUUUAAUAUCUAUGACUGCCAUCUGGCUUACCCAUAGACCUAUAAAAGAAUAUCUUUUAUAGGUCUAUGGGCUUACCACGUCGUUUCGUGGUAAUAUAUCAUCUAAGCUUACCCAUUGAACUAUAUGAUAACUGGAAUGCUCACCAGCGGCCAUAAGACCAAUGUAAACAUAACCGAGAUCGCGUGUCAGAAAAAGACAGCAGAUAAGAAUGGUGCUGCCACAGAAUAACCAGAAUGGACACUCGCUGAGCACUCAAAAAUCUGUUCAAUUUGGUGAAAUAUCAGUGUAUCCAUGUAUAUAAUAAAAAUGUAGAAUUCUUUUUGCCUGGUCACACUGAUAAGGGUUUGUUUACUUACCACGAUUAAAGAUAGUAUUAUCUAUAGCCGUGUUACUUACUAACACGAUUUAAGAUAUAUCUUAAAUCGUGCUUACUUACGACCACGAUUUAAGAUAGUAUGGUUGCCCAUCGACCCAUUAGAAAAAUGUUAUCACACGGCAUACGGUUUGAAUCGAAAAGUCACGUGAUCUACGGGGACCCCCGCAUACAGCGCUCAUAUUGGUUCAAAUUAAAACUAAUAAAAAUUGUUAUGUUAUACCUAUAUACAAUAAAAAUAUAUACAGAGUGUUCCAAAUUUCGUGUGACAAAAGACCGAAAUUUGGAAGACCCUGUAUAAUGAUCAUAUUAUAUUAUAAAUUAUAAAAUAGGUCACUAGAAGCGCUAGUGCCCGGGGUCCGAUUUAAAUCCAAUGCCGUCUUAUCAUAGCUCGUUGGGCAACCAUACUAUCUUAAAUCGUGCUUACGACAUCAGCUGUCCAUAUAGCUGCCUCUGUUCGGGCAUUGAUUAUAGAAUAUAUUAUUCUAUAAUCAAUGGUUCAGGGAAUAACAGUCGCGCUAGAAACAAAGAAUAAUGGGAAUUAUCUUUCUAACGGCAGCACUGAUAUUCCACCAGGUGUUGCAAAUCUGUGCCCCAUAAGAACCCAUGUUAAACUGAAAAGGUGUCUCUUCUGGUUCUAUUCUGUGGUGCUGCUAUCUUUUUUUAUCACACUUAAAAAUAUGAUUGCUUACCAAUAAAUAAUAAUAUUAUCCUUCGUUUAACGUUUUAUUCUAUGUUUUAAAUUUCUAAACUUUAACUUAAAUAAAAUUCAAAUAGUGGACAAGUUAAGAUGGUGAAUUUUUGUAGUGGUUUUGAUUGUACUAGCUCAAGUGACGUUAGGAAAGACCUGUCAUUUCACAAGUUCCCUCUUAAAGAGAAAGAGAGGCUUCAACAAUGGGUACAUGCUGUUCGAAGAAAGGAUUUUAAACCUACUUCCAGCUCGACAUUAUGUAGUUUACAUUUUAAAGAAACUGACUUCUAUUCUGCUGUUGUCAGUGGGAAAAAAAUGUUAAAAAAAUCUGCUGUACCAACUGUAUUUAAUUUCCCAAUUCAUUUAACAACAAAAAUAAAAGAAAGAAGAAUCCUGCAACGAGAAGACACAACCACAACAAUAGCCGUUCAUAAUACUGAAAAUACAUCUACUUGUGAAACAGAGACCAAAUUUGUAGACAUUGGCGUACAGACUAAAUUAACUGUGGAAGAGUUAGACAGAACAUUACAAGAUUUACAUCGAGACAAGAGGAUUUUGCAACAGAAAUUAAUUAGAAGAGAUAAGCGAGUAAGUAGUAUGCAUGAAAUGUUAAAUUUAUUGAAAAAUAAUCACUUAAUUGGAGAUACUGUUGAAGAUAUUUUUAAGAACCAAUUUGAUUCUUCUCUACCUUUUGCUUUAUUUAAAAAUGAACUUGCUAAUGUAAAUAAUGCUUUAAAUCACAAAUCAUACUCAGAAGAAAUACGGGAAUUUUGUUUAACAUGCAUUUUUAUUCCCCACGAGCAUAUGAGUUUAUAAGGCAAAGAAGUACACUACCAGAUGAAUAAUCUAAGACCGUGUGGACGCGUAUCAUACGCACGCGUUUUCAUUUUACAUUGAUUAAGUUCAUACGCGCCAAACCGGCGAGGGAAACGCGCCAUCGUCAGAGUAUGAUACGCGUCCAUGUGAAAGGGCUCUUAGUAUUACACUCUUGUUAUUGUUUAUGUCGUACAAUGCAUGAGCGUGUAUAAAAAUAUCUAUCGAUAUAUUUUCAGAUUUCUAGAAAACAAUUUCACAUACCUACUCGCGCUCCACGUUUUUUGGGUUUGUAAUAACGUUAUAAGGGUCAUUAGCUGAGUUUGAACAAAAAAUUGAUGGACCGGUGUACUCGGUACCGGAACUUAACUUCAGACGUACAGAUGCCAGAUGGUAAAUGUAAGAUGAAACAUUACCUACGAAAUAAUAAAAUUAUAUAAAAAAGUAAAAACAAUAACUUGGAUAAUAUUGUCAUUAAAAAAUGUACCAAACUUAGUUUACACUUAAGUUUUUAACUACUUAACCGAACCGUGUCGUUAAUGAUUUGUUUCCUAAGUCAAAUAAAUGAAUCAGAAAAUAACUUAAAAAAUAAACCACUCCUGAUAUAAUACAUUCAGAUAUGUGUUAAUUUUACCUAAUUAUAAUUUAUCUUCAACAAAUAGCGGUAGGACAAGUAACGGAACUGAAACUUUUCAUAAACAUUUUAAUGCAUAAUUUUAUAAUCAAAAAAAAAAAAUUGACCUAUAAUAUCCACUUUAAUAUACAUAGGAAUAUCACAAUAUCCAAUAGGUACUUAUAACGCGUUAUACAUCAACAACAAACCGUGAAACCGUGAUACUAUCAUAGAUAUAUAAUAGUAAAAGCUGAGCAGAGACAGUUUGCCAGUCUGGAUAUUUUAUAUUGUUAUUAUUUAUUUUAUCGUGUAAGUUGAAUUAAUAUUAAGAUAUUU